AUGGUUCAUUUAAAUGCCAGUUUUCAUUGGGUGAUGGAACUCGAGGCCUGCCGGAAUAGCAUCGCCGAUAAUCCCUGCCUCCGAACUGGUCGACUACACUUUCCGAGGUUCACCAGAACCGGAAACUCACGGAUCCUGGUCGAGGUCAACCAUAGAUCACUGUGGUGUUUUCAAAUAGCUGUCCGCAUUGCUUCAAAAUUCGACUAUUAUCAAGGGCUGAAGGACUCGGUCAAAGACAGGAUGGGGAUGGAUCGUCCCAAUGAGUACAAACUACUCGUUGAACUCUCCAUUGAGACCGACAACUGGUUGUAUGAACGACAGUUGGAAAGAAAAGGGACUUACACAGGGGGAAUGACCUACAAAAAUAAGCAAUACCACGGAGACCCCAUGGACCUCGACAUGAUCCAACGGAAAGCACAGUCUCGUGCCGCGCAAGGAAAAUAUCAGAGGAAUGGAAACAACAAAACCCGCGGAUUGCCACAAUCGGAGCGAGAGAAACGCAAGAAAAACGGUCUGUGCUACGAAUGCGGAACAUCCGGACACCGUGCGAAAGAAUGCAAGAACGGUCCAACGCUGCACAUGAUGGACGACGGUAUAGCCGGUUGUGAAGAAACAAAGGCCAACACUUCACAGGAAACUCAAAUGGCAGCCGACAGCCAGAGCAACACAGCACAGAUGGACCACCCAGGUACGGAAUCUCACAAAGAGAUAGGUGGAUCCCAGAAAGAAGAAAUUCCCAAGGAAGGAGCCACCUUGGAAGAACAGGAACGACAACAGAAAUUACAGCAUUCGCUCUUAUCUUGGACAGCGUGCUACGACGAUAGCUGCACGGCCCACUACUCUGAAAAGAUGGGAAGUGGAUGGUUCCCAAGACGACCCAAGAAGGCAAGGAAGACCAACUCAUUGAAGCGCCAGGAAGCAUUCAUAAUCAACAAUGAAGAUGCUGAUAACGAAUAA